UGCUCAAUCCGUGCUUACGUUGCCAGCAGUAGGUUUGUAUGCUCCGUGCAUUUUGUCGUGGGGCCAAUAUGGAGAAGCCGGUCCAGGAUGGCUGGUUCCGGGAGACCUGCAGUUUGUGGCCCGGUCAGGCCAUGUCACUCGAAGUGGAAGAGGUGCUUUAUCAUAAACAGUCCUCGUUUCAGGAGAUCCUAGUCUUUAGAAGCAAGACAUAUGGAAAUGUUCUCGUUCUGGAUGGGCUCAUCCAAUGCACAGAGCGAGAUGAAUUUUCCUACCAGGAAAUGAUCGCAAAUCUUCCCCUCUACAGCCACCCAAACCCACGGAAGGUGCUAAUUAUUGGGGGUGGUGAUGGUGGUGUUUUGAGAGAGGUUGUUAAACACCCAUCUGUGGAGUCUGUGGUGCAGUGUGAAAUAGAUGAGGAAGUGAUCAAUGUCUCCAAGAAGUACCUUCCUGGAAUGGCUAUUGGGUAUUCUAGUCCAAAGUUAACCCUUCAUGUUGGAGAUGGCUUUCAGUUCAUGAAACAGAACCAAGAUGCGUUUGAUGUAAUCAUCACCGACUCUUCAGAUCCCGUAGGUCCUGCUGAAAGUCUCUUUAAAGAAUCUUAUUAUCAGCUAAUGAAGACUGCACUCAGAGAAGGUGGAAUCCUCUGCUGUCAAGGUGAGUGUCAAUGGCUUCACCUUGACCUCAUUAAGGAGAUGCAUCAGUUCUGUAAGACUCUCUUUCCUGUGGUGGAAUAUGCAUACUGCACCAUCCCAACCUAUCCCAGUGGACAGAUUGGAUUUAUGCUCUGCAGUAAGGACCCUAGUACAAAUUUUAAGGAACCUGUGCAGCAGCUUUCACAAGAGCAGGUGGACAAAAUGAACCUCCGAUAUUAUAACUCCAGGAUUCACCAGGCAGCAUUUGUUCUUCCAGAGUUUACAAGAAAAGCCCUCAGUGAUGUAUGAGACCCAGCAGAGCUGUUGUCUUUGGGAAACCCAUGCUUUUUACAUAAUGAAACAAUAUCUACUGUGCUUGGGAGGCAAAACUUGGACUUCAUUUCUAUUAACUUUAUUCCAGUACUGGAAAAUGUUAUGAAACUUCUUCUUGCCUUCCUGUUUUAAACUAUGGGUACAAUGUAUUACAUAAUCUGUGCAUGCCACUUCCACUUAAAUAAUCACUAAAGCUUAUAAUGGCAAGGGGGCAGUGAUCUUCUUGUGGUGCAAUGCAUUUCCUCUUGUCACUGACUGAUGUAAAGCCACCUUGGCUUAUUUAUCAACAAAGCUAUCUUAUGUCUAUGUAGUUUUUAUACUUAAUACUAUAUCAGGGAUAACCCAGGAUACUGACCCCUAAGCUGCUAAAUUCUAUCACUCACACUUCUGUGUCCUGUUGCUGGUAAUCUUCGAUGGAGCUGUGAUUGUUAUAUUUCCUAUUCAAGUUCUUAUGUAUGAAUGUACAGAGCUUGGAAGCUCCAUCCUUUUCUGACAUUUUAGUGUUAUAUUAGUCCAGAACUGCAAUUACUGGAUGUAAAAUAUUGGUAAAUUAGUUUAAGCAGAAUUAAGAGCUUGUCUGUCUCCUCUCUUUUCUGAUACACUUUUUUUUUUUUAUUAACAUGCAAUGCAAUCUGUUAUAGGAAAUCUACUUUGCUAUGUAUAGGCAAUAAUACAUAUUUCUCUUUCAUUUCAGGGGAACACAGGCACUAAAGGGUUAACACCACCUUCCAGAAGGAAAGGACAAAAAGUGCAAGAACUUGCCAGGCUGCCUCUCCCAACGGGCUACAUCCCCCUGUGGAGGCUGGAACUACCCAGUUCUUUUAGUGUCCUAAUGGGAGGAGAACACUACUACCAUCAAGGGAGUUUUAUUUCACUUUUAUUUUACUUGUAUUUUUCUUUCCUUUACAAGAACUCUGGGACAGGAAUUGCAAUUUAGCCUCCAGCCCCGUUCAGCUUCUGUUCCUCUAGGUAAUGGGGAGAUCAGGGGGCCUCUUGCUACCUCUCUCUAGGAUUCCUGGAUCUACUGCAGGCCAUUGCUAGCAGCCGGCAGCAAUUGCCAGUCUUCAGCCCCUCUCGGCAGAUCUGCGUUCCGCUGCUAUCCUCCGGGAGGAGGGAGUAAGGGAGGGUUGAUGCUUUGGUUCUGUGCCCUCUGCUGACCAUCCUCAAGUCAUCAAGGAAGAAUGGGCCUUCCCGGAACGCAAGACUAACACUUCCUUUUCUCUUCUCUACCUCUUUCCCAGGGUGGACAUGUAUCUGUGGUCCUUCUCUCCCACUGUGGUCCCCCCUCUCAUCUCGAGACUGCCCAGGUCCACCACCAUCCUGGUCCCUGAUGCCAUGGGCUUCAAGGACCCCAUAGACAAGAGGCCAAAGGUUUCUGUAAAUCCAUCUUCUUUGCCUCAGGCUCUGCACUUAGACCUACCUUUGUCACGACUUGGAUCAGCCAUGUCUAUGAAGUCUAGACAGACCAACUCAGUCUCUGUCCAAGCCUCUAUUCUACAAGUUGCUGAACAAAUCAAAGAGGCUUCCCAGUUCCUUUGUCAGGCCUCCCUUGAUCUCGCUGAGAUGAUUGCAAGGGUUCCGCCACCUCUAUCAACACUUUCUUUGGCACAAACACUGGUCUGCAGACCUCACCUCCAAAAAAAAUCUCUGCUCUCUAUGCCCUUUUCUGGAAAGGUUCUUUUUGGCUCUGAGCUGGAUAAGAUCAUCAGCCAGGCAACUGGGACAAGAGCCCCCUCCUACCGCAGAACAAGUCAAAGCCUCAGAACUCGAACCAAAGCUUUUCUCGCUUUUUUUUCCAGGCAGACCAAGCAGUCAUCUUUAGACAAAGCCCCUUCUUUCAAGUGAAAGGGUGAGAGACCUUCCUGGUCCUCUGUUAGACAGGGUCAAAAACCUGACUCAGACAAAUCUACUACUACCUGAUGAUGUACUCGCCUCUGUAGGGGGUUGGAGGUGUCCACCCGAUUCUGGAUUUCAAGAGGCUUGAUUGCUGCAUGAGGCGCUUCACCUUUCGGAUGGAAGCCAUCCGUUUAGUUAUUGCAGUAUUCGAACACAAGGAAUUUCUUUGCUCCAUCAAUAUCAAGGACGCUUAUCUACAUGUCACCAUCCAUAGGGCCCACCAUCACUUCCUUGUGACUUGCCAUCCUAGGAAGUAACUUUCCAGUUUGUGGCCUUACCUUUCAGCCUUACAACAGCUCUUCACCAAGGUGCUGGCCCCAGUCAUGGCACUCCUUCAUUCACAGGGAGUCUCAAUUACUCCCUAUCUAGUUGACCUACUCCAACAAUGCUUUUUCCCCCCACCAGAACGUUUCCAAUCUCAACCUGGUGAUCCAGACCCUCCAAUCCCACAGCUGGAUCAUCAACUUCAAGAAGUCAUGCAUGACACCAGCUUAGGAUAUAACCUUUCUAUGCACAGUGUUUAACACCCAGCUCUGCUGCAUUCCUCUAGCCUAGGUACCAAAGGCUUACCUCGGGACCUGCAUGAAAUACCUAGGAUCCAAGGUGUCGGCGAUAGACAUGGCCUUCAUCGCCCAAUUUCACACUUGUCUACUCCAGUGUUCAGUCUUUGACCAAUGGGAUCCUGAGAAUCAAAAUCUGGAUUGCCCUCCCUUCCUGGACAAGGAGGUUGUUGACCUGGUGGAUGCAACCAGCUUGUCUUUCUCAGGGAAAGCCCUUCCCAUCGCACAACUGGGCUUGAAACGUCCUAGAGCUAUGAGCCUUUCUAUGUCCCGUGAAGGAGAUCUCUUCUUAAGGGAAAACCCAUCAGGUUCCAAACCAACAAUGCCACUGCAGUGGCAUAUGUCAAUCAUCAUUGGGUCACCCACAGCAAGGGAGCAAUGCAGGAAGCCUCUUGCAUCCUUGCUGGACAGAGGAUAAUGUGCCUGCGAUAUCCGCAAUCCACAUCCCUAGGGUGAACAAUUGGACAGCGUAUUUUCACAGCAGAGAAACCCUAUAUCAGGGGGAGUGGGCUUCAGACUCAGGUUUUUCCUCUGGGGGACCUCAGAGCCAACCCAGCUGCGGUAGGAGUAGAUACUUUCACAGCUCCCUGGCUGUUGAAACCCUAGCAGGGUCUCUACCUGGCCUCUCUCAAAACACAAAACAAUUACUAAAGACCAUCAGGUCACAGGCAAGCCCUGUCCCAGCCCAUUCAAUCAGAUGUCAGACAGCUUCUUUUGCAGCAAGAACCUUGCCUCCCACCCUGAUAUUCUCUUGGGGGUACUCUUGGAUGUCCCUUCAGUGCCUGUGUUUCCCUGAGAUGAAAGAGGGAUUUUUGUCUCACCUGUAAAAUCCUUCUCUCUCUUUCAGGGGAUGGAUUCUUCGAGCGUGUCUUGUGCCUUGGCAGCCUCGCGUUGGUCCUUCCUGGUGGGAGCCUUCCCUUACCUUCUGCCCCCAUGGGGCAUUUCUUCUGACCUUCCACCUCAAAAGUCCUUAGUCCCUUGUAGUUCCUCCAGUUCUGUCUCCGUUAUAUCUUAAUAUCUGUUGUAUGUUCUGGGUAGUUCCAGCCCCCACAGGUGGGUGUAGCCUGUUGGGGGAGGCAGCCUGCCCACCCUAGGAGGGCUGACAAGUUCUCGUACUUCUAACUCCUUUCCUCCUGGAAGCUGGUGUUAAUCCUUCAGUGCCUGUGUCCCCCUUUCAAUGAAGAGAGAAAAGCAUUUUAUAGGUAACACAAAAAUCCCUCUUUGCACUGCAGAUAAAUACUUUUAUUUCAUACAUUAACAGGAGAAAAUAUUGUUGGUGAAAGGAAGUAUGAAUACUGCUUUGAAAAACAAUGGUUUCAGGUUACUAUUUGACAAGUACAGGUAUGGGACCCGUUAUCCAUAAUGCUCGGGACCUGGGGUUUUCCGGAUAAGGGGUCUUUACGUAAUUCAGAUAUCCUACCUUAAGUCUGCUAAAAAAAAUAUAUAUAUAAACAUUAAUUAAGCCCGGUAGGAUUGUUUUGGCUCCAGUAAGGAUUAAUUAUAUCUUGGUUGGAAUCAAGUACAAGGUACUGUUUUAUUAUUACAGAGAAAAAGGAAACCAUUAUUAAAAAUGUGAAUUAUUUGAUUAAAAUGGAGUCUAUGGGAGAUGGCCUUUCCAUAAUUUGGAACUCUCUGUAUAAUGGGUUUCCAGAUAAGGGGUCCGAUACCUGUUUUAUGAAUGGCUUUGCAAAUGCAUCUUAGGGAAGGCAUACAUCUCUUAUUAACUAUGAAACGGUCAUGUAUUAAUUAAAAAAAAAAAUGCUCAGAUCUAAGGUCAUCGGGUUUAAUUUAAAGAGAUACUGACACCAGAAUUUUUUUUUUUUUUUUUUUUUACAAAUAUCAUAAAAUUGUCUUUGCAUGUUAUUUAUAAUUUUUCCUUAAAGUAUUUGCCUGAUGCUUUUAUAUCACCUCUCUGAUUGUGUUACCCUAGGAGGGGUUGAAAAGGGACAGUCAGGCUUAGGAACUUAAGUAAGAAUUUUGUACAAAUGCAGCCCUAUUAGCGAAAAACAGCCCUAUAGGUGACUUUUAAUUUACUUUUUGAAUAGUAGUUUUUUAGUGUCAGUAUCACUUUAAGCAAGCCUUAAACAACCAGGCCAUUUCAUUGCCUUGUUUUAAUCAUCAGAAUGUUUGGAGCAUUUUUACUUUUGUGCAAUGUUAUUAAACGGUCUAAAUACA